AUGGGUUUUGGCAAAAGAUGGAUGAAAUGGAUGGAAGCUAGUAUCUUUACCAAUUACAUGUCCGUGAUGGUAAAUGGAAGUGCAACUAGAGAAUUCAAGGUUCAAAGAGGUUUGCGUCAAGGAGAUCCUAUGUCUCCCUUCUUGUUUGUUCUUGCUAUGGAAGGUUUGACGGCUUUAACUAAAAAAUCCGUGGAGGUGGGUGACUUUAAACCUUUCAAGUACGGGGUCGAUGACUUUGUGGACAUUCUUCAAUUCGCGGAUGAUACCAUCAUUCUAGGAGAACCUACCUUUGACAACCUUUGGAGUUUAAAAGUGUUAUUGAGAGGUUUUGAAUUGGUAUCCGGUUUGAAAAUCAAUUUCCAUAAAAGUAACUUGUAUGGGAAGCACAUUGGAGAUUGGUUUUUUAAUUCGGCAACCACCUUUCUUGCAUGUAGAAAAGGUUGUUUCCCCUUUAAAUUCCUUGGUAUUUGGGUGGGUGAAGGUGCACACAAGAAGAAGGUGUGGCAAGAGGUGAUAGACAACAUUAAUACAAGACUUUCCAAAUGGAGAGGAAGAAACAUAUCCAUUGGAGGGAGGGUUACUCUUAUUGGCUUCGUGCUUAAUGCUAUUCCUAUCUUUACUCUUUCGUUUUACUAA